AUGGCACAAAAGUGUGUACACAAGGGCUGCGGCAAACUGUUCACUGACCCCGACGAACCAUGUGUCUACCACCCAGGCCCUCCCGAAUUCCACGAAGGCCAAAAAGGAUGGAAGUGCUGUAAACCCCGCGUUCUCACGUUCGAAGAAUUCCUCUCCAUCCCACCAUGCACAACGGGGAAACACUCCAUGGUAGACACUCCUGCCACGGAAUCAGCAAGGGAGCCGCCCCAGAUAGAACCCAGUUCAACAGAGAAACCCACACCUAUCGCAAUUGGAAACGUUCCCACCACCCUAUCCGGUGCCGCAGUGCAUACCCCUACACCAACUACGUCCCCACCACCAGAAUCAGAAUCCGAUGACCCAUCCAUUGCUAUCAAUGCGGGGGCGACAUGUCGUCGCAGGGGUUGUAAUGCGAGCCACUCGCUUUCUUCAUCACGAGAUGAUGAGAAAUGCAUACAUCACCCUGGCCAGCCCAUUUUCCAUGAAGGGAGUAAGGGGUGGAGCUGCUGCAAGCGUAGAGUGCUGGAGUUUGAUGAGUUUAUGAAAAUUGCGGGGUGUAGAGAGAAGAAGAGACAUUUGUUUAUAGGGAAGGGGAAGCAAGCGGGAGAGGAGAAAGUUGAUAAUAUCCGAACCGAUUUCUACCAGACUGCCACCACUAUCAUGGCCACCCUGUACCUCAAGAAGAUUGACAAGGCCACUGCUAAAGUCAAAUUUUCAUCACCCACCACAAUUGAAUUGGACCUUCCAACCUCUGAUAAUAAGCGCUUCAGAGAAUCCUUCAACCUAUACGCGCCCAUCGAUGUCGAGAAAUCUAGUUUUCAAAUAAUGGGUACGAAGAUGGAUCUGAACUUGGUAAAGGCAGACGGGACGAGCUGGCCCGUCCUGCGGAAGGAUGAUAAACAUACAGGGGAAAUUAUUCAGAUUGGUCGCGCUAAGAAGGCUUGA